UGUUUGCGGGCCUAUAAACUCCUACGCGCACCCUCCGUCGAAGCAACACCACAAGCAUUGGCUUUGAUCUCGAACUCAAUCUCGUCGCAUCAAACUAACCUAGAGGCUAGAGCUAGCGCGACAGUAGCCUUGCUGGCCGCCGGGAUGGACAGGUUCGUGGCCACCAUGGUCUUCUGCGAGGCGCCCUUCGACGGCACCCUCGCCCCCGCGGUGCCCACCGGCGACGAUGACAAGGCCGAGGGAGCUGCGCCGGUGGCGGAGGUGGCGUCAGCGUUGUUGGAGGCAGCGAAGGAGUACUUCUCCGGCCCCGCGUCGGAGCAGCAGCAGAAGCAGCAGGGCGGGGACAGUGUGCCGGCCUUCUUCGACGCCGUCGCCCUGGAGUACUACUACUAGUAGCAGCAGUUCGGAUAGAGCUUGAUUGCACAAAUGUACUAGGAGGUUCUCUGUUCGGAGUGCUGAAUUGGCCUCUAGCUACCCGAGGCAUUAUAAACUUGUAAUUAUUUUUUACCCGAGGCAUUAUAAACUUGUAAUUUGCAUAGAGAAUCGCUGGAUUUUAUGCUGUGAUAUUCUA